GUGGGCGGGCGCGCCGGGUGACAGGUGUCAGCGGCGUCGGCAUUCGGCGGCGAUGGAGCGGCCCCGGGGAGCUGCGGACGGCUUCUCGCGCUGGCCCCUCGGCCUCCUCCUCCUCUUCCUCCUGCAGCUGCAGCCGCCGGCGACUCUCGGCCUGGACCGGCUGGACGCACCCCCGCCACCCGCUUCGCUACCGCUUCGCUGGUCUGGCCCCGUCGGGGUGAGCUGGGGGCUGCGCGCAGCCGCGGCCGGGGGCCCGAUCCCCCGCGGCGGCCGUUGGCGCCGCAGCGCGCCCAGCGAGGAUGAGGACUGCGGCCAGGUCCGGGACUUUGUUGCUAAGCUGGCCAACAACACGCACCAGCAUGUGUUUGAUGAUCUCAGUGGCUCAGUAUCCUUGUCCUGGGUUGGAGAUAGCACUGGGGUCAUUCUAGUAUUGACGACCUUCCAUGUGCCAUUGGUAAUUAUGACUUUUGGACAGUCCAAGUUAUAUCGAAGUGAGGAUUAUGGAAAGAACUUCAAAGAUAUUACAAAUCUCAUCAAUAACACCUUCAUUCGGACUGAAUUUGGCAUGGCUAUUGGUCCUGAGAAUUCUGGAAAGGUGAUAUUGACUGCGGAGGUGUCUGGAGGAAGCCGUGGAGGAAGGAUCUUCAGAUCAUCAGAUUUCGCAAAGAACUUUGUACAGACAGAUCUCCCUUUUCAUCCUCUGACUCAGAUGAUGUACAGUCCUCAGAAUUCUGAUUACCUUUUAGCCCUCAGCACUGAAAAUGGACUGUGGGUGUCCAAGAAUUUUGGAGGAAAAUGGGAAGAAAUCCACAAAGCAGUGUGUUUGGCCAAAUGGGGAUCAGGAACCACCAUAUUCUUUACCACCUAUGUGAAUGGAUCCUGCAAAGCUGACCUUGGAGCACUGGAAUUAUGGAGAACUUCAGACUUGGGGAAAAGCUUCAAAACUAUUGGUGUGAAAAUUUACUCAUUUGGUCUUGGGGGACGUUUCCUUUUUGCUUCUGUGAUGGCCGAUAAGGAUACAACAAGAAGGAUCCACGUGUCAACAGAUCAAGGGGACACAUGGAGCAUGGCCCAGCUCCCCUCUGUGGGGCAGGAGCAAUUCUAUUCUAUUCUGGCAGCUAAUGAUGACAUGGUAUUCAUGCAUGUAGAUGAACCCGGGGACACUGGAUUUGGCACUAUCUUUACCUCUGAUGAUCGAGGCAUUGUCUACUCCAAGUCUUUGGACAGACAUCUCUAUACAACCACAGGGGGAGAGACUGACUUUACCAAUGUGACUUCCCUCCGUGGGGUCUAUAUAACAAGCAUGCUUUCAGAAGAUAAUUCUAUCCAGACCAUGAUCACUUUUGAUCAGGGAGGAAGGUGGAAGCACCUGAGGAAGCCUGAGAACAGCGAAUGUGAUGCUACAGCAAAGAACAAGAAUGAGUGUAGCCUUCAUAUUCAUGCUUCUUACAGCAUCUCCCAAAAACUGAAUGUUCCAAUGGCUCCACUCUCAGAACCUAAUGCUGUGGGCAUAGUCAUCGCUCACGGUAGUGUUGGGGAUGCCAUCUCAGUGAUGGUCCCAGAUGUUUACAUCUCAGAUGAUGGGGGUUACUCCUGGACAAAGAUGCUGGAAGGACCCCACCACUAUACCAUCCUGGAUUCUGGAGGCAUCAUUGUGGCCAUCGAGCACAGCAGCCAUCCUAUCAAUGUGAUUAAGUUCUCCACAGAUGAAGGUCAGUGCUGGCAAACCUACACAUUCACCAGGGAACCCAUCUAUUUCACUGGUCUAGCAUCGGAACCUGGAGCCAGGUCCAUGAAUAUCAGCAUUUGGGGCUUCACAGAAUCUUUCCUCACCCGCCAAUGGGUCUCCUACACCAUUGACUUUAAAGAUAUUCUUGAAAGGAAUUGUGAAGAAGAAGACUACACUGUAUGGCUGGCACACUCUACAGACCCUGGAGAUCAUGAAGAUGGCUGCAUCUUGGGCUAUAAAGAGCAGUACCUGAGGCUACGCAAGUCAUCCAUCUGUCAGAAUGGUCGAGACUACGUUGUAACCAGGCAGCCAUCCAUCUGUCACUGUACCCUGGAGGAUUUCCUUUGUGAUUUUGGCUACUUCCGUCCAGAAAAUGAUUCAGAGUGUGUGGAACAGCCAGAACUCAAGGGGCAUGACCUAGAGUUUUGUCUGUAUGGAAGAGAAGAACAUCUGACAACAAAUGGAUACCGGAAAAUUCCAGGAGACAGAUGCCAAGGUGGGAUGAAUCCAGCUAGAGAAGUAAAGGACUUGAAAAAGAAAUGUACAAGCAACUUUUUGAAUCCCCAAAAGCAGGACUCCCGCCCACAGGGACACAGCUUGUCCCAGAAUCCAGCUCCGCCUCCUCUUGGAUACACUGAAAACACACACUUCCUAUCUCCCACCCAGACCCAGAAUUCCAAGUCCAAUUCUGUUCCCAUUAUUCUGGCCAUUGUGGGAUUAAUGCUGGUCACGGUUGUCGCAGGAGUGCUCAUUGUGAAGAAAUAUGUCUGUGGUGGAAGGUUCCUGGUGCACCGAUAUUCUGUGCUGCAGCAGCACGCAGAGGCCGAUGGGGUGGAUGCUUUGGACACAGCCUCCCACGCUAAUAAAAGUGGCUACCAUGAUGACUCAGAUGAGGACCUCCUGGAAUAGCUCUUCAAAGGAGCUGGGACCCAGCAUGGAUGUCGGAACCACAGUACCUCCUACACUCCCUGUGGCUCCGACUUGGGGAAAUAAACGAUUUCCCAUUUGCGAGGGACCCAGCUCUGGUUCUGCUGCUUCCAUCAAAGCCAAAAGGACCUACACUAAAGAAAUGCAGGGUGGGGUGGGGAACCCUGAACACUUUCAACAAUUGGCUUUGAGAAGGGGGGUUGGGAUUUUAAAUUCUUUAACCUUUUAUUUCAAGUUCUGUCUUUUGUUCAAGUAUGGGUUCUGGGGUUUUGUUUGCUUGUUUUUGAGGGAAAUGAAGUGGAAUUUGAAGGAAUUGUUCACUAACCCCAUACUUGCCUAGUCUGUGCUGCACCUCUCUGCUGGCUCAAGCAUCAACAUUCACGUAGUACCGGGUGCUGUCCCUGGGCCCCGCUGGCCAUGUGGAACAGCCACAGAGAGGAAAAUAGAGGCAGGAGUGACUGGUAUAUCCUGGUCCGCUUUCCUCCAUCUGGGGCCAGCCCUGCUCUAAGAACACUGCAUGCCAGCUCCUUACCCAGAUCCCCAUGCAGCAACUUUCACCCCCUUGGGACCAUAGGCCACAGUGAUUUUUCUUUUCUCUUGUUUAAUUAGGCAAUACUCUUGUUAAUUGCCCUUUGGCAAUUAACUUAACCAUGUGCUUCCAAGAUACUAGAUCAGGAAAACUUAACAGGGCAAUAUUUUUAACUUGGGGCAGGAAGAAAGGAGCAACAGAGAAUUGACUAGAUUUAGCACCUAUUAAAGGCAAAACUCUGGCUGCUUCUGAAAUCUUUCAGGCUGGGCUUUGUGUAUAUGCCAGUGGACUUGCUCAAGGACAGGGUACAGCUUGGUCUGGAAGUCUGCCCAGGCUCAGCCAUCUCUUGGCUGGAGCUCAUCAUUGAGCACAGUACAGCCCCAAGGACAGACCAUCCCAGUCUUCCAUGUCCCCUUUUUGCCCAUUAUGUUGGCUAGUUGUCGAACCAUUGCAAUGGCUGUUUAUUUGCCUUUUCCUAGGGAUGUUUUCAGAUUUAUAGACUUUGUUAUCAGAAUUGUAUUAUCAAGCUAUUCUUUUCAUCCUUUUCUGCAAUUUUGCCAGGUUAUUUGUUAGUAUGAAAUUUUUGAAUCAAUUGAAAACACAUUUCCGGUGAGAUGAUGCUUGGUGUGAUACAUUGGACUCAUAUUAAAUUUUAAGAUUUUCACUUGAAAUUUUUCCAAAUUAAAUAAAUUGUAGAAUGGAGUUCCAGUUUGGGUGGCCAUAUAGUAAUGGAAAGCUGCAAUAACUGGCAUUAAUAUAGCUUGAAUAUUUGCUAUCACAGGUAUGUAGUAUGGCCAGUCUUCUGUCUCACUGUCCCUCCUGUGCUGGUCACAGUUUCUCCCAGUAAUUAUGAUCGAGACAUUCUUUGGUAGGUGCCAUUUUGCUGCUAGUUCAUUUUGUAGCUAAAAGCCAGCAAAAAGUAAAUGUGCCAAAUUAAGUUUUGUCAGAAUGUGCAAGCAGAUGGCUAGGUACUAUCCUCCUCAGAAUGGAUGAACAGCAGCAGGGAAAGAGGGCGGGGGAAUGGAUGUAGAGAUUUGAAACAGCAGCAAAUUUAAAUGAGUCAGGAAGUUUCCAUUCGAAAAUGAAAUUAGGGAAGUAUUUGCUAUGGGUAGAAUGUUCUUUUAGCUCUUUCAUUUUGCAUGAUUUUAAAAUUUUAAAAAUAAUUCUGUAGAUAGACCAGUUUAUAAAUGAUCCAAGUGUCAGCUUCUGUCCUACCGUGACCUCCUACCCAAAGUGAAUUUUCAUUUAAUGCCCAGAAAAGAGCUAUUUACAUCACACAUUUUCUCCCAGCAUAAACCCAGACAGAUGUGAGCAGAUGUGCCAAUGUAUAGUUAUUCUCCCCUGAGUUUUAAGAUUAGGAAGAUGAACAUCUACUCUAACCAUCUAAGAUGAAUGCUCUUUGCUUAUAAUAAUAUCUAGGAUUUCUGUAGAACUUGGCAGUUUUCAGAGCAUUUUUACUUGCAUUAUGCCCCUUGAGCCCACUGACAUUCUAGUGCUUGAGCUCAGGAACCAAGUUGAGUCAGUUAUCCAGGGCCUCUGAAUGUGUUACAGGCAACACUAACUGUUUCAGAACCCUGGAAAAUUGUUGUGUGGGCAAGUGCUGAAUGCUUGGAGCAGGCCUUCUUUCUUAUAAUGACUUGUUCUAUAGGAUAAGGAUCCGUGUAUUUCUUUCAAAGCAUUAUUUAGGGACCUUUUGUUUUAUUUUUGGAAAAUAGAAAUUUUUAUGCUCAUGUUUUUCAUGGAUGAAAACAAAAGAAAUGAUGAAUUUUGAAUGGGUCUUCAGGAGCAGCUCCUCUCCUCUUGGAGGGUACCUGUGGAAGAGCCUAAAAGGGAGUUACCAUGGAUGGGUGGUCUCCAUCUUCCUGCUUUGAGCCAUGGCUGGCUGGUUGGCUUUGUUGGCUUGGGAAUUGCCUUCAAAUUAGCUUUCUGUACCAGUCAUAUAGUACAGAAUGUGUGCUCUUGACCAGAGGGUAAAAGAAUCUAAAUCCAUUGGAGCUUUAAAAAAAAAAAAAUCUGAUUUUUGAUGCUCAGCCUGGGGAUACUAUCCUUAAAGGUAAAGCUAACGUGUGUCAUCAUGAAACUUGCAGCAAGAUGGCAGCAAAAGGGGUGGUUUCUAGAGGCCUGAGCAGUGGAAUUUAGCCUUGUUAUACCAGACUGUCCAAGUAGUCUGAGCUCUUAAAUCCAGAACUCACCAUCCUUCCUGCUUGAGACUCGGGGAUUUGAGGGCUUUACUGAGAGCAAAGACCAGUUCUAGACAUGCCUCAGCUGGGACUUGAGUGGUAACACUACUCAGAAGAGUCCUAGAAGCUUGGGAAUUUCUAUAGAGUUUCAGUCUUUGAAGCUUGGAACUGAGCAGAUUCUGAGAGAAUUAGCUGGUUGGUGCCUUUCUUACUCUCCUAGUUGUAGGUUUACUGAGUCUCUGUGCUGGGGUGGCAGAAUAGUAUAUCCUGGCCACCUCCAGUGCCAUAGCUAGACAUCCCACAGCCUUGGUCAUGAUACCAGGGUGGAGAACAGGGCACGGGCCAUCCACAUGAACCCUCGGUGACGUGGCUGGUCCCUGUAAUCAUUUAAUUGCUCUCCAAACCAUCUAGAUAGAGUUUCUCUUUCCUCUUAGGAGAGCUCUGAAGAGCCCCGCCCCUGUACACAAUGACCAAGAUCACAUCUGUUUGUGGUCAUCCUGGCACUGUCAUGUCCACAUUAAGCCAGGUAGUUGAAACGACUGAAACAGGAAAGGACGCAGCUUUUCAACUUUCUACCACCUACCUUCCAGCAGGGAAAUUAACAGGGACUUGAAUGUCCUUUGAAUAAACCAAAGUUUAAUAUUUGCUACAUGAUAUAGGGACAGGGAGAGCAAGAAUCAGCCACUGAUUGGCCUGUCUGGCCCUCAGGGUGGUGAAAGAGAAUUGAAAUAGGAGUGUGUUGACUUUUUGGUUCCUUGCAUUUUAACAUUAAGAAUCAGAAAAUUGAUUUGAAACUGUCAACAACUUGCUGUAUACAUUUUUUUUUUGCACACCAGUACAUUCUUAAGCGUUCUUGUUUAUAUGGAAUAACAUAAACUAACCUGUACCUAUAUAUAUAUACAUAUGUACAUAUAUACAUAUAUAAACUGUAUAGUGUACAUGCUAAUGAUUUAUUGGUAGGCCUCAAAUCUUUAAUGCGGUGUUUGUCUUCCGCAUGCCCUCGGGUGUGGCCGGAUGACUGACCGUCCCCUGGUGGUUCUACCACCUCCCGUGUUUGAACCUCCAGAGAGGAGGUUUGGGUUGUUCUCUUCUUAUCCUCCUGCACAGAAAUGCUCAGGGUCCCCAUGUGCCUGUUGCUCAUCACCCUCUUGUCUCUGUUUCUGAGCAUGUGGUCCCUCUCCAAGCUGUGGGACGCUGCCUUCCUAAUGAGAGUGUAAAGCAGUGUUAAGAUCACUACUGCAUGUGUGCUAAACACUCAAGCUUUCUGCUCCCUCGGAACAGAAAAUUGCAUGUGAGGUGGGAUAAUCAAGUUUCAAUGGCCAUGUAAGUUCAAAGCCAGAUCCCAUAAUGAAAUCCCACAAGAUGAAAAUAAAACUCAAAUUUCUUUAGCAUUGUGUAAAUAAAUCUGGAUGUGUUUAACUUUG